AUAGGCUAAUUUUAAAUCUCUAUCUCCUUAUGACGUAUUUUUAAAUUAAGUGGGUUUUUUUUUUAAUAUUCCUAUAAUUUUUGUCUAAUUCAGGGGUCCUCAAACUUUUAAAGCAGAGGGCCGGUCCACAAUCCUUCUGACUGUUGAGGGGCCGAAUUAUCAUUUGAAAAAAAAAAAAAUUCCUAUGCACACUGCACAUAUUUUAUUUGUAGUGCAAAACAACAACAAUAACGUGUUGUCGAAGGCUUUCAUGGCUGGGAUCACAGGGUUGUUGUAUGUCUUUCGGGCUGUGUGGCCAUGUUCCAGAAGCAUUCUCUCCUGACGUUUCGCCCACAUCUAUGGCAGGCAUCCUCAGAGGUUGUGAGAUUUCGCACAUCUACAGUGAAAGAGUGCAUCCAUGAAGUGCUAAAGGAGCACCUGACUGCUGUCCAGUACUCAUCUGAAGAAAUCCCAGUAAUUACCAAACUCCUCUCGGAGACAAUCAGAGACAAGCUGAAGGAGAAAGGAUUUCAGAGAUAUAAAAUGGUAGUGCAAGUUGUGAUUGGAGAACAAAGAGGUGAAGGUGUUAACAUGGCUGCCCGAUGCUUCUGGGAUGCAGAUACUGACAACUAUGCUCAGGACGUUUUCAUUAAUGACAGCCUCUUCUGUGUGGCCAUGGCUUUUGGUUGUUACUUCUACUAACGUUAAUGGGGAGCUCAACAAAUGAAGACUGCUCCUCCAGAAGCAUUAAAGGAGAACAAACUAUAAUCAGAAAUUAUGCUCCAUGUCUUUUUUUUUAAUCUACAGCAGUAAUAUUUUUCUACAUAACAGUCAUAAGACUGCGCUUGUAUAUAAAAGUAUCCAGAAGAAGCCCUGCUUGACGUGAAUGGAGUAAUGAUCUUGCCCAGCUCUUGUUCAUUCCAUGGGACUUGCAUGGAGAGCCUCUUUCUGAACUUGGCUUUAUAUUUAUAUAUAGCUCUUUUUUAUGUUUAGUGCAGAAUACAAUCCAUCUAGAUGUAUGUUGGGAUUACUUACAAUUGGCAAUACUGGUUGCAGAUCCAUUGAAUGUCUUGCAGAGGUGAAUCUAUUUUCAGUGUAUAUACUGAAAUCACAGUAAAACUUGUAUUGUAAUCCA